GGCUGUGAGUAGGAAAAAGGAGAAGCAUGCUGGAAUGGGAGAGUUGGAGAAUAUGAAGAAUCGACCAAUGAUUUUGAUAGGUGGGUAGGUUUCCUCCUUCUUUUGUUUCCAAUAUAUCUGUCGUUGGAUCUGCAUGGCUGGUGUUUUGUGCUACAUAUACCCAAGUGUAUAUAGACUCUGCGUAGCCAAUGGACAUACAUGUAUUGAAUCUACUUAUGAACCAUCACCAACCCAGCGACCCUUCACUAACAUCCAGCCUCGACCGCCAAACUCCCAACCACUUCCAUGGCAGCGAACCCCCCUCCAUCUCCUCUCCACAACCCUUCCUCACAAUACUACAACCCACCGCCUCUACUCUACCUCCAGGAAACCGUCGCACUCACCUUCAGCAAGCUCGAAGCCCUCGCCCUCGCUCGAAUCUGCCUUCCCCGAGGAGCAGCCAAAACUAACCCACACAACCCCCCACGGCACCGCCCAUAUCGUCCCCAUCACCCAUAAACCUAUUACUCCCCGAACCGCAAUUGCAGUCUGCACCCUCUACUUCUCGAAUCCGACCGCUAUCCCCUUAAUCCGCUCUAACUCGAUGAAGAAAGGGGAUGUGUUGAGUGUCGCGCGCAUCGCCGGUAUCAUGGCCAGCAAGAGGACCAGUGAAGUGAUUCCACUUUGUCAUAAUAUAAACUUGGGGAGCGUGGGUGUUGAGUUGGUUGUUGUUGGUGGUGAGGAAGAGACACAGGGAGGGAAGAAAGAAGUGGCCAAGGCGCAGAGCAUGAGAUGGGCGGGGAAGGGGCAGGGUGAUGCUUAUAACUGGCAUCAGCGAGAUAGCCAAACCGGAACGCGAGGGAAGCAGGAGGGAGAGGGAAGAGAAGACUUUGGCAGGAUCGAAAUCACAGCCACAGUACAAUGUGAAGGCAAAACGGGUGUCGAGAUGGAGGCGCUUACUGCGGCUAGUGUGGCGGGACUGACGGUGUAUGAUAUGUGUAAGGCCGUGGAUAAGGGGAUGUGGAUUGGGGAUCUUAGGGUUGUGAGGAAGGAGGGAGGCAAGAGUGGGACCUGGGUUGAGGGGAGGAGUGUUGGAGAAAAUGUAGCCGGAGCACUGAGCCGAGAAUGAAAGUUACAUUUUGAUACAAAGCUCUAAGCGGAAAGGUCUAGGAAAGCCUAAGGACAUUUGGUAGAGAAAGGUGUGCCCUCUCUUAUGCCUUUCCAUGUCCUUUCCUGGAAUGUUUCGCGAUUUCGAUCCAAUUUCCUUUUCAAGAUUUCAAUAUCCUUUUCAAGUAGGAAAAGGGGUGGGGGCCAGGUAUACGAAUCAAAUGCAUUCCCACUACACCCUAAAUAUAUGGCUGCUGCGGUCGCCUCCAACGUCACAUCCCCCUUUGGGCAUUUAAAUAAACCC